AUGACCGAUGGCAAUAUUGGAGGAGUCGGUAGCGAAACCGAAAUUAUCGGUAGCGCAUCUGAAAUUAUUAAAGAUCGUCUCUAUUUCGCCACAUUACGCAUAAGACCAAAAUCAACUGUCCAUACACAUUAUUUUUCUAUUGAUGAUGAGUUUGUUUACGAAAAUUUUUAUGCAGAUUUUGGUCCACUCAAUUUGGCUGUCGUUCAUCGAUAUUGUACAAAACUUAAUAAGAAAAUUAAUAAUCCAAGUUUGUUACAUAAACGUAUUAUUCAUUACACAUCAUUCGAUCCAAAAAAACGAGCUAAUGCUGCGUUUUUAAUUGCUGCUUAUUCAAUUAUUCAUCUAAAACGAACACCGGAAGCAGCCUAUAAACCAUUAAUAAAUGGUAUUAAUGCUGCACAUCCAUUUUUACCUUUUCGAGAUGCAUCACUUGGUUCAUCUUCAUAUAAUCUAACUUUACUUGAUACAAUACAAGGCCUUUAUAAGGCAAUACUUCAUGGUUUUUUCAAUUUUGAAAACUUUGAUCUUGAUGAAUAUGAAUAUUAUGAAAAAGUUGAAAAUGGUGAUUUAAAUUGGAUUGUUCCUCAUAAAUUACUUGCUUUUUCAGGUCCACAUGCUAAGAGUAAAAUUGAAAAUGGUUAUCCAUUGCAUGCGCCCGAAACUUAUUUCACCUAUUUUCGAAAACGUAAUGUAGCAACAAUUGUACGAUUAAAUAAAAAAAUUUAUGAUGCAAAACGUUUUACUGAUGUUGGUUUUGAACAUUAUGAUUUAUUUUUUUCUGAUGGUAGUACACCGAGUGAUGCAAUUACAUUAAAAUUUUUAACCAUUGCUGAACAAGCUAAAGGUGCUGUUGCCGUCCAUUGUAAAGCGGGUCUUGGUCGAACGGGUACACUAAUUGGAACAUAUUUAAUGAAAAAUCAUCAAUUUACAGCAGCUGAAGCUAUUGCUUGGUUAAGAAUAUGUCGACCUGGUUCAGUUAUUGGUCCACAACAAAAUUAUCUUGAAGACAAACAAGCAUGGCUUUGUUCAUUAGGUGAUGCAUAUCGAAUAAAAGAUCGGCCACGAUAUACGUCAACUGUUAGUACGAAUUCUAUGGAUACAAAUACACAUAAUCCACUUCGAUAUUCAAUUAGUAAUGUUAUUGGAGAUUACAAUAAUAUAGAAGAAGAAAAAGAAGAAGAAAUAACUCAAGGUGAUAGAUUGAACGAAAUCAAAGCACGACGUAUGCAUCAUCAACAUCCAACAUCAUCAACAAAUGCUAAUGUUACGUCAAGUCUUACAUGUACAUACUGUAUGAAACUUUAUAAAUCAUUAUCGACACUUAACAAACACAUUAAAAAUCAACAUUCUCGAACGACUAAUCAAAAGAAUAAUAAUGGUUAUCAAUCAUUAAUGACAUGUAAUAAAUGUAUUCAUAAAAAAUUUCCAUCAAAAAAAUCAUCACAAUUACAUCAAAGUCAAAUGCAUAACAACAAUAAUUCUAUCAUCAUUGAUGAUAAAAAGGAUAGAUUUGAUCCAUCAACAUCAUUUAAACGUCCACAUACAACAUUAACUUCUGCAAUUAGUGUGCCAAUUCAUGGUAUGUCAUCAGUUGAUGCACGUCGUACUUAUGCACCAAUGUCAAAUAUGCCGUCCAAUGUUCUUAUAAAUACUACAACACGAAAACCUCGUUCAUACAUUUCAUCAACAACUUCAGUAAUGAAAACGUACGUAUUAACUUCUUUAGAAAAUGUCAUAUUUAAUCAAGUAAAAGAGCCUAUUUAUUUAUAA